AUGAAAGCAUCCAUCAAGCGGACCAAGCUAGACCAAGAUGCCAAGAUUAGUGUUAGGUUGCGGAAGCAGGAACGAGUUCAUUGUUCCGAGGCUCCGCUGGCUAAGUGCCAAGGAGACCAGGAGGACUUUUCGGACAGGCUAAUUACACAGGAUGAAACUCGGGUCCAUCACCAUGAUUCAGAAACUAAGACCGAGUCAAAACAAAGGAGGCUCUUUGACUCACCCCCUCCCCCUCCCUCCCCCAGAAAGGCAUGGAACACAUCCUCGGCAAGCAAGGUCAUGCUCACAGUCUUUUGGAACCGGCAUGGAGGAGUGAUGAUGGAUUUCCUGGCAAAAGGUACUGCAAUUACAGGAACUUACUACGCUUCACUGUCACAGAAACUGAGGGAAGCCAUCAAAACCAAGAGGCGUGGAAUGUUGACCAGAGGUACCCAACUCCUACAGGACAACGCCCCUGUUCACGACUGUUCACCUACAGAGAUAUGCAUCUUUAUGCAUGUGGAAUUUUAG